GGUUUCGACAGCCAUUUUGUGUGGUUUGUCCCGAUAGGAAGCCAGGGUUCAUCGUUGAAAAUUACAGGAUGAGCUCUAUAUUUGGGACCGCCCGGUUCCCAUCAACGGGUAUGACAGCAACAGAGCUGUGUGAAAAUGAUGACCUGGCGACAAGUCUUCUAUUGGACCCAUUCCUAGGCUUUUUAACUCAUAAAAUGAACACAAGACAUCGUCCUCUAAAAGCUAAGGCAACAUUGAAGGCUAUAGUUGAAAAGUUCAAAGAGCAACAGGACUAUCAACGCACAUACAGGGCUCUUCUCUCAAUCGAUGCUGCUCGGAAUUUCCUCUCGUCUAAGACUAAACAGGAAUGCAAUGUCUUCAAAGAACAUGUAUAUCGGUACCUGCAGAUGUUUGACGGGAGAGCAGGGUUUGAAAUUCUGGGAUGUCAUCGAUAUUCCAUGGAAGGACAAAUUGGCGGCCGAAUCUGUACUACCAGAAGAUGGCGCAAGAACGAUACAAUCUCUAUGCUGAUUGGGUGUAUAGCUGAGCUCACCCAUGAGGAGGAGCAAGAACUAUUGACCCCGGGGGUCAACGAUUUCAGCGUGAUGUUCUCAUGUAGGAAAAACUGUGCUCAACUGUGGCUUGGUCCUGCUUCGUUCAUAAACCAUGACUGUCGGCCAAGUUGUAAGUUUGUGUCCACGGGCCGAGACACAGCCAGUGUGAAGGUACUGCGAGAUAUAGACGAGGGCGAGGAGAUCACAUGUUUUUAUGGAGAAGAUUUCUUCGGAGAUGGAAACAGUCUGUGUGAAUGUGAAACCUGUGAAAGGAGACAGGCAGGUGCGUUCCGUCCAAAGUGCCCAGUGCCUAACAGUGUAGACGAAGAGGGUUACAAGCUGAGGGACACGGACGAACGGGUCAACAGGCUCAAAUCCCAGCCCGAGAUCAAACAGCCUCACAUCAACGGUGUAGUCGCAGCUUCCACAGAAAACUGGGACUACCGUGCCAAAAACCUGGAUUCCCAUGCACACCUUUUGAAGGCAGCAGAAUUGAAAAGAAGAGGGAUCACAAGAUACGAUGCAGAAAUCAUCCUUGCUCAAGGUCUGUCUCUACCAGAGCCAAAAGUGGUUCUAGAGAGGGACCUGCCUUUCAAACUGAACAACAGUAAUGCAGUGAAAAUGGACUUGGAACUGCCGCCCACCAGAGAUCUUCGGAGCAGCCCGUGUAAGAACAAACUCCGGAAUAGCCAGAAUAUAUGUAAAUCAUCAGUGAAGAAAAUGGCAGACAGGAUGCCCUCACUGAAAAACGUGAAAAAGGAGAAGGAUAUUUGCACCGAUGAAUCUCUAAAUCGACUGCCACCGAAACUGCCAAAGCAGGAAAUGUGUAGCCUUAACACACCAUGCAAUCCAAAACGACAGAGGAAGAAGAGGAGGCGGUUUUAUACUCAGAGGAAGAGGUAUCCUGUUAAGUCUGGGAAAGAAGCAGAAGAGGAAGAAUGUGAUGACGGUAUUCAUUGUGUGGAGUCGAGAGUGAAACUUGAGCCGGGGCUGGAAGUCGAUACGAACUCAAAUUGCAACUUAGACAUUCCAGAUGUUCGCACUAUAAAACGUGAACCUGAAGACUUGCCCGAACCAGAUGCUGUUUUCGAAGAUGAUAAAGAUCCAUUUCAGUUCUCAGAUGAUGACUCUUUACAUAUAGACUUAGAGCCUAGACCUGGUUUAAGAAAAAGCUCUCGUCAAACUUCUCCAUCCAGUGCUGAGCACCGGAAACUUAGAAGCAAAACUGUAGAUAGCAACCAUUUAGCUAGUGAAUGUGAUGAAAUCCCAGGAACCAAUACCGAAAAAUGUGACUUUUCUGACUUAUACAACCACACCAGUACCAAAGUGCCUAGAAUAGAUGAGUUGGAAAAUGGCAAACUGAGACCAGACACUUUUGAAUUCAGUCCAAAGGGAAACCGAAAUAAGAAUAGGUUACCUAAUCCUCCCGUCCGACAGAGUCCUCGACUGCGAGGCCGUCAGAACAGUGGUUCGUGUCCCAUCAUUGAUGAGAAACCCAUCAGUGAAAAUAUUUGUGUGGAUUUAGUGAAGGAUUUGGACGCUGCAGUGGACGAAGAUGGGGAUGAGGAUGACGACGACGAUGAUGAUGAUGAUGAGGAUGAUGAUGAGGAUGAUAAUGAUGAUGAUGAUGAUAUUGAAAUGCCAGUGUUGGUGAGACAACAGACAAUUGACUCAAAUCACAAUGUUCAGGAGUACAACGGUACUGAGAGCAUUGAGGAGGAGAGUGUGGUUGAGGAGGAAGGAGAAGAUGAAGAGGAAAGUGAUGAUGAUUUCUUCGGAGGGGCAAAAUCUCCAUAUAGGUGCGCCAAAAUAGUCUCAGGAGAAGGUGCCUGGCUAGGACAUUCUAGUGACCCCGAGGUGUUGGUAAAGAAACAAGUGUUAUCAGACUGUGAAGAGUCGUUACGAUUCUUAAACAAAGGACCCAUUAAUGGCAAACGGCAGCAAAGAUUUUCUACCUCCAGUGCUGAGGACACAAUUGAAUAUUCCCCGAGGAAGAAGGUGCCAAAAGUGACUAUCCGUAUGCGGCGGGAUCCCAUCCUUGAGCAGCAGCUUGCCAAUCAGACUUCAGCGAGUGUUUUCUUCAAAUGGAACGAUGAAAGCGACUGUGAAUCUCAGAUAAGCCAAGGAGGACAUAAUGGAACCUCAGUGUUUGACCCUCCGCCUUUGGAAAAAGUCCAUUCCAGUGCCUGUCAGGUGCCCUCUUCGUUCGAAACUAGUCAGUUUUACUCGAAUUCCCUGAAGGACAAGAACCCAUACAGGCCGAAAAAACUGAGACUCAAAUUUGGGAACAGUUCGAUAGACAUCCAUAUACCUCCGUGCAAAGAGCUGUGAUCAAUUCAACUCAGAAAAUAUUUUUAUUAUGCUUUGUGUUGACAUUGUUUGUUCCGAAUUGGUUAAAUAUGUGAUACUAAUUAAAUUUCAUCGUUGUCCCGGUUACCAUGGGUAGGUGUACAAGGUCAGGGCCACGGGCAGAGAGCAGGGUUUUGUCUCUCAUUAACAUACAUUAUUAUCCAUCUUCAAGCGGCGGGAAUUACGCUUGCUUGAUUGCGAUACAGUACAUGGUUCGGGGAUGCCAUGGAACUUUAGGGAAUCUUCAUGACAAAUUCAACUUUUGGGGGUCCAAACUGAUUUUUUUUAAGAUUCAUUGGUAUUUACUGACAAGGGAUAACCUUUGACAGUCAGUGGGUCAGUUUGUAUCUCAAAAAACACCUGUAGGUGUUCUGACAGAAAUUCGAGAAAUGUUCCCCUCUACCUCAUGGCAACAAGACUGGGGAGUGUGGAUAAGAUGGCUGCUAAUAUGAAUAGUACUGGGAUGACUGACCAACCAGGCUAGCCGACUUGCAGCUGUCAUCUGUAUGUACAGGUUCCGUGGGUCGGGUGAGAGAGCUGGGAAUUUUGUUAGAGACAAAUAUUUCCUUAGGUCACUGCUUCAUGACAGACAAUGUUUGUUUUUUUCUAUGGAGACAAUUUUUUGAACCCAUAAUUCAUUUUUUUCCAUCAGGACGUCAAGUGAGCAAUCGUGGCAAUAUUAUUGUUUCUAGUAUUUUCAGAAAUUCUUUAUCAUCACACCCAAGCAUGCCACUUAAACAUCCAUCACAGUAGCGUGCUGCUCAGCUGUAGCAGGGUGUAGCUGGCCCAUAUGUCAAGGCCACUGCAAUUUGUUGUGUAGAGCUGUUUCCCUUAGGUGUGGCCCAAAAAAUCAUUGUGGUUUAAAUUCCCAGAUUCACCCUGAUUUCGUCGCUAGGUUUGUCAGCACCAUACCCGUGCUCGUGGGUUUCUCAAAUUUGGUAAACGUCAAGAUCUGCAUCACUUCAGGCUUUCCUCCAACACCAAGCUGACAUGUUGUCAUACAACUGAAAUACUGUUCAAAGCAGCGUUACAGCAAACCCACUCACUGACACCUGUAUUCCUAUAGUAUGUGCAGGCAGAUAGCAGCCAUAGAACCAAGACAAUCAGAAACACUGGAUUUUCAAGAAUUUUUACUUAAAUUCCCACUUCCUUCUUCUGUAGGGGACACGGGUGGCCCAGUCGUCUAAGGUGCCUCAAUUUGCUUUGCAGAGUUGCGUCCCUUAGGCACGCCAGAAACCUAUGAUUGUGGGUUCAAAUCCCGGUUCACCCCGAUUAUGU